AUGGCCUCCACAAACUACCGCGAAGCCUUCCAGCUCUUCGACAAGCGCGGCAACGGCCGUGUCGACCGCGGCGCACUGGGCGACCUGCUGCGCGCAUGUGGCCAGAACCCCACACUGGCUGAGAUUACCGAUUUGGAGCGCGGCGUUGGAAACGACUUCGACUUUGAGACCUUCUCCAAGAUCCUCAACCGCCCCGGCGGCUUCCGCGAACCCUUUGACAUUGAAGAAUACAUACGCGGCUUCCAGGUGUUUGACAAGGAUCGCUCGGGCUUUGUCGGCAAGGGCCAGAUCAAGUACAUAUUGACGAAUCUGGGCGAGAAGAUGAGUGAGGAGGAGGUGGACGAGUUGUUCAAGAGCACGAUUGAUGCAAGUAAUAACGAGGUCGAUUACCGGGAGUUUGUAAAGACGAUUGCGGAGAAUUAA